GCCUAUACCAUUCAAGGACAGUAUGCCAUUCCACAGCCAGAUCUGACCAAGCUGCACCAGUUGGCAAUGCAACAGUCACACUUUCCAAUGUCUCAUGGCAACACUGGAUUCAGUGGUUUGGAUGCCUCCGCUCAAACCACCUCUCACGAACUCACCAUUCCAAACGAUUUGAUUGGCUGCAUCAUCGGGCGCCAGGGCGCCAAAAUCAAUGAGAUCCGCCAGAUGUCGGGGGCGCAGAUCAAAAUUGCCAACCCCGUGGAAGGCUCCACUGACCGGCAGGUCACCAUCACCGGCUCUGCAGCCAGCAUCAGCUUGGCCCAGUAUCUAAUUAAUGUCAG